AUGGCCAUCUUGCUCUUUCACAUAUUCCUCAUAUUUGCCAACACUGGCACUUUGUUUGCUGAGAAUAACUGCAGCAUUGCAAAACUACUAAAACACUUGGAUAUAAUUGAUAAUAAAACAUUAUUAUGGGCACGUCCAGUCAAUAACUGGGACGAGCCCCUGGUUGUCGGCAUUUCCAUGACAGUGGACAACAUAGUGGAGCUGGAUGGAAAGUCUCAAAGCAUGCUGAGCAUGGUCUGGUUUGACAUGGCAUGGCAAAACAGCUUUAUUUCAUGGAAUCCUGAAGACUUCUGUGGAAUAAGUUAUAUUUCUAUCCCACUGGACACGAUUUGGAUACCAGAAGUGUAUGUUUAUGAGAACAUCAAUGAGGAUGUGUCUGUCAAGAUCAACUUUUUAAAUGUGGCCUAUGAUGGAACGAUCAGUCAGUCCAAGCCAUGGCGCAUUGUCAGCACCUGCAUGCUCAAUGCACGGAAAUUCCCAUUUGACACGCAGAAGUGCUCCAUAACCUUUGGCCCUUACGUACACAACAUUGAAGAAGUAGUCAUGAGAUCAAUCUUCAGUGCCAAUGAACUGAAAGAGAUAACUCUUGCACAUUACAUCAAUCGAGGAGAGUGGGAACUUUUGGAUAUUGAGGUCUUGGAUGAGAAUCUCACUUUUGGGAAAAACCUCUUUAGUAAAGUGAAGUACACGAUAACUUUACAGCGAACUUCAGCAUUAUAUAUCAUCAACCUAAUUGCUCCUGCCAUUUUCCUGCUCAUGGUGGACUUUGGCAGCAUGUUCAUUCCCAUCACUGCAGGUGAAAGACUGGGAGUGAAGGUCACCAUCGUCCUGGGAUUUUCAGUAUUGCUGUUGAUCCUCAAUGAUCUCGUCCCAAGUACAAACAGCACUCCAAUUCUUGGUGUCUUCUUCACCCUCUGCUUGCUCAUAAUGAUUCUCAGCAUUUUAGGCACAAUAGCAGUUUUGCAUAUGGUAGAACAGUCCACAAAUCAUCGAAAAAUACCAUCCUGGCUACAGACAUGUCUAUUUAAAUAUCUGGCAAAAUUCCUUUCUGUGGAUACCAACUGUUUAUCUGAGAAGAAAACUGGACAAUGCAGCAAUGACUUAACUGAUGUCAGCAGGGCGCAGAAUGAGGUGAAAGAAGAGUGGAAAACUGAACAGGAGAGUCAUGAAGUGCGAUUGCUGAAGAUGUUGCACCUGCAAAUCCCUGCAAUCAGGAACCAUCUGGAGAAGGCCAGUGAAGAAGAAAGUAACAAGGCUCAGUGGUUAAUGGCAGCACUUGUCAUAGACCGACUGCUGUGCAUCCUCUACGUGCUCACAGUUGUGGUCAGUAUGACAGCUGUGGCAGCCGUCUGGGCAAGCAAUUAAGUCUGAGCACCUUGGCCUAAUGGAAUCACGCACAUGGCAAUGUAUAACCUGUAUAUAGUGCUGAUUAUUACUAGAAAUGUUAUUAAUAGAAAAGCAAUCUUUAGAAAUUGUGCAUUCAAAUUAAAAACACACUAUAACUUUAGAAAGGAAUCUGAAGAUUUCAGCAAUUUCAAGUUGAAAACACUUCAAAAAUCAAAUUCGUGGGCAGUGGCGUAGCUCGAGUUCAUGCCACUCAGGGCGUGGCGGUGCUUCAAAUUGCUGCCCUCCAACAUAUCUGAAUAUGUUAACCUAUUGAAACAGA